AGAACACCAUGUACUCGAGAGCAACGCAAGCCGUGUGGCUUUUGGCCAUCGUUACAAACCAUGUUAUGUGUCAAGAUAAAUCGGGAAAUAGUGGUGGCGGCGGCGGCGGCGGUGGAGGUGGCAGCGGCGGUGGUGGUUCCGGGUCCGGAGGAUCUGGUAGUCAUGGAUCAGGAUCCGGAGGAUCUGGCAGUCAUGGAUCAGGAUCCGGUGGUUCCGGAUCCGGAGGAUCUAGCAGUCAUGGAUCAGGAUCCGGUAGUCAUGGAUCAGGAUCUGGUAGUCAUGGAUCAGGAUCCGGCAGCAGCGGAGGUGAGGGAUCCGGGUCUGGUGGCGCCAACAUGGGCUCGCAGAUGUUCUCUAUAGGCGGCAUGAACGGUAUGCAACUCCCGUUUCCUUUUUUCCCGCCAUUCGCAUGCGACUUGGAAUGUGUGCCGUAUCAAUUGCAAGUCGUCCAACAACAGAUGCAGCAACCGCCGAAAACGACGACACAAGCACCAACGACACAUCCGCCGACGACCAUGAAACCCGUGAUAACGACGCCGGUGACUACGUACACGCAAACGACGUACAUGAUGUACCCGAACUGGUGUCAAGGCUGGUGCAGAUUUUUCUAUAAACCACAGCCGCCGGUGUACUACCAGCCGAAUUGCCUGUUGUUCUCGUGGAUGGGAUUAGGAAUGCAAAGCGGCAUGGGAAUGGGGAUGAAUGGAGGCAUGGGAAUGUAGGCACAAACCGUGCGAAGAGUACCCCGCGAGCGGCCAACCCGUUUACGGGACCGUCGCAUUAAUUUAUUAACUUUUGUACACUUGCACCUAUUGAUAUGGCAAUAAAAGAAAAAAGAACAAUUUUAAAUAA